UAGAACCAAAUAAGCAAAUCUCUUUGUUACGACUUACACAUUAUAUCUGUCUAUAUAUUUAAAAAAAAAAAAAAUAGAUAUGGCAAAUUAAAAACCAUGAUUUCUUUUUGACAACAAUAAUGACGAUGAUUAUUGAUCUUUCUCGGGAUUUGAUAGAGGAGAUACUCUCUAGAGUUCCCAUAACGUCUCUACCAGCGGUGAGAUCUGCUUGCAAAGGAUGGAAUGGUUUAUCCAAGGAUAAGAGCUUUACAAAGAGGUACCCAUCUGAUAAAGCAGCCAAAGAGUUUUUGUUGAUCAUGUUUUAUGAUUCUAGGGUUUCUCUAAUUGGCGUCAAUCUCCAUGGAAUCUUUAACCACGAAGAUACAUGUUGUAUAAAGAAGAUAGGUAAGUUACCUAACCAAGUCGAGAUAUCUGAAGUCUUUGAGUGUGACGGCGUCACCAAGUUCAUGCCAAGGCUUGUGGCAUGGAACCCGUACUUGGGGCAAGUCAGGUGGAUUCUAGCUAGAAGAAAAUUCCACAUAUUAGAUAAGUUUGCUAUUGGAUAUGACAACAGCAACAGCAACAGCCACAAAAUCUUGUGGUUUUGGUUUCGUUACGAACAGAUUACUAACAACCGAAUAAAUGAUUGUGAAAUCUACAGUUUUAAGUCUAAUUCAUGGAGGGCUCUUGAUGUCUUUAAUGAUUGCGAUAUAGAGUCUCAUCAACGCAGCGUGUCUUUGAAAGGAAAUACUUACUUUGUUGCUCGGCAAAGUUUUGGGGAGAAAAAAUAUGGGUUAGUCUGUUUUGAUUUCACAAGAGAGAGAUUUGGACCUCAUCUUCAUCUGCCGUUUGACGACUAUGCUUUCAACGAUAUUGUGACUCUAUCUUCUGUUAGAGAAGAGCAACUUGCAGUGCUACUUAAGCGCAGAUAUACAUAUGAGUUGGAGAUAUGGAUUACAACUAAGAUCGAGCCCAACACAGUGUCGUGGAGGAAGUUCUUGGCAGUAAAAGAUGAAAGCAUCUUGAAUCCAAUAAGUAAUAUUGCACUUGAACGUUGUAGUUUCUUCGUUAUCGACGAAGAGAGGAAAGCCGUGGUUGUUUGUGUUAGAGACAAAGAAAAAAGAAACAAGAACGUAGCUUACGUGAUUCGAGAGGAUGGAUGCUACAAAGAAAUGGUUCUCGGGGAAUCCAAUCAUCCCCCACUUAUGUGCUCUUAUGUUCCAAGUUCGGUGCAGAUCCAUAAAGGUCCAGUACCUGCAGGUGGCAAAAGGAAAAGAUGAGAGUCCUUAUACUAGUCCAUUAGUACUAUUUACAAUACCUUAUCUGUUUCUUGCAUAUGAUCCCUUUUGUCAUUCAUUUUUGUUUUGUUUUUUCUUCCGUCAAGUUCUUUUGAUCAGAAACUAAAAUUAGGUACUUAUGGAUCCGUUGUAGUUGGUAUUGGAUUUU